UUUAUGGAUCUUCAUCUGCCCUUAUCCACUCCAUCGAAGACUAAAGCGGUAUACCAUGGAUCUGAAGGUGAUCUCAUCGUCAUCGGUGACUGCGAGGGCAAGGUCGGUGCUGAACCCGGACGCGGCGCCGUAUGUGCCGGCGUCGCAGCGGUCCGUGGAGGAUUUCUCGCCGGAGUGGUGGGCACUCGUGCAGUUCUCCCCCCAGUUCGGCCACUACUGGCUCCGCGAGUGUUUCCACGACGAAGGCGAUAUUGAAGACCCCGAUCUGCCCGACGACAUCAGCGAUGCUCUCGAUCGUAAGGAAAAGAAUAGUGGGGGAUGGCGGAGGGAGGUGGCGGUGUGGGGUGCGGAGAAGUGGAAGGCGUCGUUGCUGGGGUGCGCGGCUGAGGGAGCCAGGUACGCGGCCAAGGUGGCCAAAGUAGUCAACAUGAAGAAGAUGAGCCCCAGACUUAUACAGCAGCCGCGGUGAAUUAAUUGAUAUAGUGAAACUGGAAAUGGAAUAGCAGAGGCAAGAAAUGAUCGCAGACUUUAUUUGCUUGUUCGUGGAAGUUUCGUUUAGAUCGAAAACUUCUUUUAAGAUCUUUGUGUACAUAUUUCGGAUAUGCCAACAAAUUUUAUGGGCUGCUUUUUGCUCUAAAACAGUUCAUUUCUUUCCUUCUUCCUGUGGAAGGAAGGAUCUGAGUAGGAGAAAUGAAAAUUAAGUAUCCUCUUCUGUCGAUGGAAUAGAUUAUUGAUUGGGCAGAUGUCUAACGUUA